ACUAAAUUUCAUAUGUUUGGUAACUUAUCUAGUAUUUAAAUAUAUUUUUAUAAAUAUGUUAAAUCUAUACAUGCAUUUAAAGGGCUAAAAACCAAUAAGAAACUACAAAAUUUGGGAAGAAAGAAACUUAAAGACUAAGCCACUAGUUUUAUGCAAGUAAUUGGAUUGCUUUUUGACUUUGUUUUGCUUUGCAUGAAUAUGGUUGGUUUCAUGGAGCAUCUGAGACCUUCACUCCUUUUCCCCAAUGUCCAUUCACCAUCAACUAUUGUAAGACACAAAUUUUGCAUGGCCCAGGCUUGCACGCACCUCAAGUUAGAGAGAGAAAGAGGAGAGAGAAGCCGAGAGAAAAGUUUCAUGGCCCACAUUUACAAACACUGUCAAGAGAGAGAGAGAGAGAGGUCUUCUCUAUAUAAAGCCAUUGUAGGAGACUCAAUACCCUUCAAACACAGUAGACUUAUGAACAUUUUCAAUUUAACUUCUCACUCUACAGAGCAAAACCAGAGAUACAAUCCCCUUUAACUCUCCAUUUUCACACUCUUCCUCAGCUUCCAUUGAAAAACUAGGCAUCCAACUCUCUCUCUAUCUAAAAUACAGAGCCCCCAACUCUCUCUCUCUCUCUCUCUCAAGCUAUCUCUCUCACUCUAGAAUCAAAAGAUGGCACCGAUUGCAGAAACAUUUCCAAAUGGAUACCCAAGUAAGACCAUGAUCACCACCCUGAACCCUUACAACAAAACCCCAACCAUCAAACCAAAAGAGAUGAGUGAGAAAACCAGUCAGAAAAAGAAUAGUUUUCGCAGACCUCAAAAGCUCUCUGUAGAGGGAUUACAACGAGCAGUCUCUGACCUCUCUCUAGAACUCAGCCGAGAACCCAUCGAAGAAAUGAAGCUUCCUACGAUUUCCGAAGUUGAAAACGCAGUGUGCGAAUGCUGCGGCCUCUCUGAAGAAUACACCACAGAUUACAUGAAGCAAGUUAGAGAGAGGUUUUGUGGGAAAUGGGUUUGUGGGCUUUGUGCUGAAGCUGUGAAAGAGGAGCUUCAAAGGCUUGGAGAAGUUUCUCCCACUAAAAAAGAAGAGGUUUCUUUCACUAAAGAGAAGGUUGAAGAAGCACUGAGUGUUCACAUGGCGGUUUGUGUGAGAUUUAGCAGAAUUGGUAGGACUAAUCCUGCACUUUUUUUGGCAGAUGGGAUGAGAGAGAUUUUGAAGAGAGGACAGAGGACAAAGUCUAAUAGCCCAAGAGAUAGGCAACAGGGUAAGAGAUCAGGUGGGAUAACUCGUAGCACCAGUUGCAUUCCUGUAAUUGCUAGAGAGAGAAACAAUGAUUCUUCAGGUGGCCAUGACUGUGUGUGAGGGUUUCUCUCUCAAGGCCUCGCUUCAAUUCUAGAGAGAGAAACUGGGCCUAGCAAGUUUCAUUGAAGGUGAUCUUGGUGGAAGGAGUUUUGGGGUGGCUUUUGUUCACAACGGUCGUUAUAUUGUUCACAAACCGUUGCUUUUUGUCACCAUGUUGAUCAGUGCUAACAUUUCCCUUUUUUUCUUUCUCUUCUCUCUCUAUCUAUCUCAAUAUGUUUAGGGCUAACAUUUCUCUUCUUGUUUAGCCAUUAUCAUCUCUCUCUCUCUCUCUCUAUUAUUUUGUGUUGAUUGUUUGGUGGGUAGUCUUUGUA